AUGGCAGCUUUAGCACGUGCCCUUCCAACUCCCCUUCACAAUCCUAUGCCUCAAUAUGAGGAUAUCCCUUCUCCCGCUCCUCAAAGUAACGUAUCUGCAGGACCUCAAUUACCCAAAUAUGGAAGUAGGAAAGGAUGGAAACCUAAGACCGUCAUAGAUUUCAAUGGUGGAGGAGCUUAUCCCGAGUGUCAUGUCGCUCAAUAUCCUUUGGAUAUGGGCAGGAAGAAAGCGGCUGGAACCACUUUGGCACUUCAAGUUGAUCAAGAUGGGACUGUAAGAUAUGAUGCUAUAGCUCAACAUGGUAGAGGCGCUGGAUCAAAAGUGCAAUCUAGUUUCAAAGAUCUCGUACCAUUGGCAAAUCGAACUGAUGUGUCAGACAAAGAAAGAGAGAUGGAAAGACCUGAUGCAUCUGAAAUCAACGAAACUGCCGAAAGAACCAGAUUAGCUUUAGAAAGAAUAACGCAUGGUAAAAUCAAAGCAGCUCAACCUAAACAUGUACCUAAAACGAACAAUGAUGCUUCAUACAUCCGAUAUACUCCUGCUAAUCAAGGAUCCGGAGAAGGUAAACAGAGAAUCAUAAAAAUGACAGAAGUUCAAGAAGAUCCGUUAGAACCUGCACGAUUUAAACAUAAGAAAAUACCCAGAGGACCCGCUGAGCCUCCUCCACCCGUAUUGCAAUCACCUCCAAGAGCCGCAACUGCUCAAGAUCAAAAAGAUUGGAUGAUCCCUCCCUGUAUCUCAAAUUGGAAAAAUAACAAAGGUUAUACAGUACCAUUGGAUAAACGAUUGGCUGCGGAUGGAAGAGGUUUACAAGAUGUUCAUAUCAAUGAUAAUUUCGCAAAAUUCUCUGAAGCUCUAUAUGUCGCUGAUAGACAUGCAAGAGAAGAAGUAAGAGCAAGAUCUCAAAUGCAACAAUUAUUAGCUCAAAAAGAAAAAGCUCAAAAAGAAGAAAAUCUAAGAUUAUUAGCUCAAAGAGCAAGAGAAGAGAGAUCAGGUAUAACUUCUUCUGCAGCUGGCGCAAGCGCUAGUGGACCACCUAAAGAAUUAGGUAUGGGACUAGGUGGUUAUGCUUCCGGUUCUGAUUCAGGAUCAGCAAGUGGAGAAGAUGAAUCUGAUGACGAAGAUAAAGCUAGCGAUGAAGACGAAGAAGCUAUCAGAGAAAGAGAACAAGUCAGAGCAGAAAAGAGGAAAGAGAGAGAAAAGGAAAUGAGAAUGAGUAAUAUGGGUAGUGAAAUGAGGUCUAAAAUGUUGGCCAAAGAAGCGAAUCGAGACAUUUCAGAAAAGAUUGCACUGGGAUUAGCGAAACCAUCAGCAUCCAAAGAAACUUUACUUGAUUCAAGACUGUUCAACAGAGAAUCACUAUCAACUUCGUUCGCAUCUGAAGACACUUACAACCUGUAUGAUAAACCAUUGUUCCAAGGUUCUUCAGCAGCCGCAGCCAUAUACAAAUCUGCUAAUUCAGGUAAAGGAAAUGAUGAAUCAUAUGGUGGAGGAACAGAAGAUGGUAUCAGAGCAGAAUUGGAAAAAGAUCGUUUCGCACUUGGAAACGCUACUCGAGGAUUCGAAGGUGCAGAUUCAAAUGAACAAAGAGAAGGUCCAGUCCAAUUCGAAAAGGACACUAUCGUAACUUUAGAUGGUGCAUCAGAUCCCUUUGGUGUAGAACAAUUCAUGGACGCCGCUAGAAAAGGUGGUAAGAGAACUGCUGAAGAUAGGGAAGAGGAAAAGAGGAAAAGGCAAAGAGAUGAAUAA